UCUAAAAACUUUAGUUCUCUCUCUAACUCUUUGUAUUCUCUCUCUUUAUGUCUCAAUUGUCAACAUAUAUAUCAUGCAAGUAGUAACCCUUUUAACUUCUUCACCUCACAACAAUUUGUUUUGCUAUACGCCAGCUAAUUACAUUCAUUCAACCCCAUCACCAACCAACCCCUCUUUCUCUCUCUCUCUUCUCUCUCUAUCUUUCUCUCUCUAUAAUAUUUCGACAUUUCACCUUCAGAUCUCUAUAAGAACAACAUCUUCUCUUUGAAGCAUAUAUAUCUAUUUGGACCCUUCUUAUUCGAUUUUACACCCCUUCAAAAACAGAGUGUUUUUUAUGGAGAAAAUGGCGGAGAGAGGAAAUGGGUUUUCAAUGUUCAGUGAGGAAGAGCUGAGAGAGAUGAGUUGUGUGAAGGUUGUUGAUGAGUAUGUUGAAGUGACGUGUGGUUGUACAAGUCAUAGAUAUGGUGAUGCUGUUGGUAGGCUUAGGGUUUUUCUCAAUGGUGACCUUCAAAUCAUUUGUGAAUGCACUCCUGGUUGUGAAGAAGACAAGUUGACUCCUGCUGCAUUUGAGAAACACUCUGGAAGAGAAACAGCAAGGAAAUGGAAGAAUAAUAUUUGGGUUAUAGUUAAUGGUGAGAAGGUUCCAUUGUGUAAAACAGUGCUGCUCAAAUACUACAAUCAAGUGUCAAAAGCUGCUAAUGGCUCUCAGAAAUCCCAAAAUGGUCACCGUGAUGAGUUUGUUCGCUGUACUAGGUGCAACAAAGAGCCUAGAUUCCGUCUGAGAUCGAAAGAGCAAUGCCGCAUUCACCAUGAUGCUGUGGCAGAUGCAAGCUGGAAAUGUUCUGAUCUUCCAUAUGACAAGAAUAGUAAGUUUUUCAGGAUAACAUGUGACGUCGAAGAAGAACGAGGAAGUCGAAGAGUUUACAGAGGAUGCGGUCGAUCUCCAACGUGCAAAGGUUGCACUUCUUGUGUGUGCUUUGGGUGCGACAUCUGCCGUUUUUCAGAUUGCAGCUGCCAGACCUGUACUGACUUUACUAGCAAUGCAAAAGCUUGACUCUGAGUCCUCAGCAGCAGCAGCAUUGUGUUUUCUCAAAACUUGUUCCUAUGGGCUGACUCAUUAUUUAUGCCUAUAGAUUAUUAGAAAUGCUUAAUUUUUCUAAUUGGACAUCAUUACUAGUCUAUUGAGUUCAUCUUUCAUUGUUCUCAUUGACUUGAUCAUAAAUUUCAAUCUUAACAAUUUAUUAUCUUACACAA